AUGUUAAGUAGGACUCAUAUUUUUUUUCAAAAAUUUGCACUCCAGACGAUACGGAUGUUAAUCAUAUCACGAGAGGUAGACAAAGCAGUAACAAUGCUGUUGAAAGCGAUAAUGAUAAAUGUUAGCUUCAACUCCCCUGUCACCUACCUCCAACUCAUCAUCCUCAUCUUCGUCAUCAUUGCUGUCGGCUUCUCUAAUGCUGCUGAGACAGCAUCAUUGCUGUCAACCGUGCCACCGUCAUUUUCGUCAUCAACUACAUUGACGCCGACAUCAACAGCAACAACAUCAUCGUCCUUAGUCAUGUCAUUAUCAUCAACUACAAAGAUGACAUCGAUAACACCGUCGUUAUCAGUUAUGUCACCAUCACCAUUCUCAUCGCCAAUUACAAAUACAACGACGACAACAUCAACACCUUCACUUCAAAUAGAAUCUAAAGCCUACACACCUUCACUUCAAAUAGAGUCUAAAGCCUACCAUAACGCUAACAUAGCAACAGCCUAUAAUAAUGUUGAUGAAUGUAGUAAUAGUGGUAAGGACAUUAACAAUACUGAUGAUAUCACCAAUGAAAAAGGUAAUCUUAAUACUUUUAGUAUGGACAAUGACGAAGAUAAUAAUAAUAAUAGUAAUAACAUUAAUAAUAACAACUAUUAUAAUGAUGGUGCUGAUUACAAUGAUGAUGGUGUGGAAAGCAAUGGUAUCGUUGAAAACUACACAAGACACUUGAGAAGUGCCCAUGGCAAAUUACAUCCACCAAAUUACUAUGGAAUAAAUUAUAAUAAUAAUAAUAAACGUAAAUUGGCAAGCAAAACUAAUAAUAAUAAUAAUGAGAUUUAUCACAAUGACGAUGAUGUUGAUGGUUUGAGUGAGAUUAAAAAGCGUUUUAAACCUUCAGCUGAUAAUAAGACAACAUCAACGUCUACGUCAUCAUCUUGUUGUCAAGUGGUCACCAAAAAUAAUGAAUAUAAAAGGAUGACGAGAUCGUCAUCACUGCAACUACAACAACACCAGCAGCAUAUAAACACCUCGACAGUUAUGAUUUCAACGUCAUCGUCACCAACGACAACAAAUAUGACGUCUGCCCUGUCUCCUUCUCUGAGGAUUUCAUCAUCUACAACGACAACAACGUCAUCAAAAUUAAUUACGUCACCAUCUGAAAAAUUGUCAUUAGCAACGACACCGACACUGCCAGUUUUGAACACGACAACAUUGAUAACACCGUCUACAACGUUGGAACUGUUGGCCUCCAGCGUUUCACACAUCCAUACAACCUCAAUGGCAACAUUAUUUUUGCAGCCACCAACAUCAUCAAAGUCAGUUUUAUCGGCAACGACAAUGACAUCACCAUCAAAAGUACUGCUUAACAAUGCAGCCUGUGAAUCUUUAAAAAAUUUAAUUUUGCCUCAAAAUUCAAAAAAUCUCUUGUCAACCUCUCCAGUUGUUGUCAUGAAGAAGACAAUUGGUGUAUCAAAUAACAAAACUUUUAAUGUAACAUCGUUGGCUACAGCAGCUACAACUUCAGUUGCAUCAACUACAUUUACAUCAACAACUUUAUCAACGUCAUUAACGAAUGCGAUGACGACCUCAACUACACAGACAAGAGUAGUUAAUUUAUCGACAGCUACACCACCAACAACAACAACGAUUGCUCCCACACCAGAAAAUGUAUCAUCCAAACAGAAUACUUUCAAUACAUCUAAUGAACUAUCAACUAACUUCGUUAAAUGUAACAAAGAUGACAUUAACAAGAAUCAUUUUGAUGCUCCCAUUGACAAUAACUUAAAUAUUACCAAUUACCGUAGUAUCAUCUACAACAACAACAAUAACAAUGUUAAUAAUGUUAUUAAUAAUAGUUUUACGUACGUUAAUAUCAAAGACAACAGCAGUAACAGGAAUGGUACCCUUGUUUACAAUAAGGUUGAUGAUGACGAUGACGUCACCACUAACAAAGAUAAAUCAAACUUGAACAAUUCAAGGAGCGUCUACCAGAAGUUUUUGAAAAACUGCAAAGUUUAUUGCGACCUUGAUUCGUUGGGCUUGAAACGAUCGUCAUCAGUACCAGCAACAUCGUCAUCAUCAUCAUCAUCAAACACAUCAUUCUCAUCAACAUCGUUAGCGUCAGUUUAUCGUGUCACAUCAUCUGCAUCAACAACAUCAUCAUUUCCACUUUCAUCAUCAUCAUCUCUGUCUAAUAUCACAGACAAUGAUGAAGAUGAGGAUGAUGAUGAUGCUCGGACGAUGGUGAUGACAAGUGACUCAAAUGAAAACAGUUUGCAGAAUUCAGUUUCUAAAUUGGCUCAUGGCAAUGAGAGAAGAAGAAGAAGAAGGAGUUCGCAAUCCAAAAGUGAGAGGACAAGCAGAGCAAGUAGUGUUUGCUCAAAAGAUGGAGAUGAUUUGAAGACUUUCUUGCAAGCCGGUGAUGUUGUGUGGGCAAAGAAUAAGGGCUACCCAUGGUACCCUGCUCUUAUUGUCAAGUCGGAUAGCACACCCCUCCAAGACUCGAAUGGGUUCUUCCAAAACUUGACACCCCCUCCAUGUGUUAUGAAUCUUGCUUCAAAGUUCACAGAACCUGUUUUUCUUGUUCGAUUUUUUGACAAAAAAAGAAACUGGCAGUGGCUGCCCCGCAAUAAGGUUCACCUCUUGGGAUGGGAUCCUUCAUUGGACAGGGAGAGACUCUCCAACAUUAAAAAGUCGAAACUGAGGAAAGAUAUUAAGCGAGCAUUUGGCAUUGCCAUCCAUCAGAUAAAGAUGAGUGGUCAGUUUCAUCAACCUGCCAAUCCGACGCUGAUCAACUUCGGUUUGAAAUAUCAGAAAUGUCAUCAGCCACAUAAUGGCCGCUACUUUCCAGAUCUUCAGUUAGACGUUCUGGACGUUAGCACUCAAUUUAAAGAGCACUCUUCAAUGAACAUGUACUCCUCUACUCGUAGGAGUAUAGUUGUCUCUGAUGUUGUUUCAACUGAUGAUAUUACAGUUACUGAUACGACUGCUUCUUCUUAUGACCAUGGUUCAGUAAAUAUUGCUGUUGCUGUUGAUGAUUCUGCACCAAAUAAUUUUGACAUCAUGAGUAGUAACAGUGGUGGAGGAUCAGAUGCACAGGCUUCAAAUCUUGUUAAAGAUUGUUUGAACCCAUCUGCUGACACAACGAAAAGAGCAUAUCAUCGUCACUUUGAAUUACGUGACCAAAAAAUGCAACACACCAAAAUGACAGCAGAACUUAACUGCCUCAUCUCACAGCAACCUCAACAGAAACAUCACCCUCCUAGACAUGCGCACAGUUCAGAACAGCUAUCUCAAAGUUACAUGCUUCAAAAUGCAGCAACUGCUUCAACUACAUCGCUUCAGCUAAUAUCACAGCAACAACAGCAGCCACAGCAUUCGCAACGUGGCUACAACCAGCAACAAAUUGAUAUCACAAAAGUAAGCAACAAUGUCGACCAUGAAGUAGCAUCCAAUCUAAAACAACAUGCGGCAUUGUCUCAGUGUUUCCUGUCAUUGUGA